UGAGAUGCAGACUGCGUGUGUGGGAGAAAGAGAGAGAGGACGAGAGGACGCGUGUCUGCUCUGAGCUCCGGUUUUUACGGAUGACGGGAUGUUGCUGUCUUUACGCACAGAUUCGCUUUGUCACUGCUCGGAUUCAAUUUAUUCCCCAAGUUACUGAGCGCUAAAUGUCGGCUUCGUUGAGACGCAGCAGAAAAUUGUUGUUAUUUUUCUUAUUGGGACGGAACGGGACUUUCUGAUUCGCCCUUUAUUGUGGCUGUGUUUUAUUUUUUUCUUCUUACGGAGGAGAAUAUAUCCUUUGAAUCUGACCUGGGCGUUUCAGAAGAGAAACUUCGGAGGUGCAGCAUGGACAUACCUGUAAUCCUUUUGCUCAUCCACCUGACCCAGACUCAGAUUAAAGCCCUGGUGGCAAGCACUUCAGAGAAAGAGGCGAGAUGCCCCCUUGGCCAGUUUCCAUGUGGCAACAUGAGUCAAUGCCUCCCUCAAGCUUUGCAGUGUAACGGACACAAAGACUGUCCCAAUGGAGCAGAUGAAUGGCGCUGUGGUGAUAACAUUGGUUUGGCAGAUUUCAUCGGAGAAACCCUUCAGAACCAACCAGCAAUUUCUUCUUUUCUCAAUGAAUGCUUUUUGCAGGAGUACCCGGAAAGUUGUGACUGCAUCCAAACAGACAUCAAGUGUGUGGAGGUCAACCUGGAAGCUGUUCCCCUGGUUUCACCAAAUGUCACAUGGCUGUCACUGAGGAGCAACAAGAUCCAAAUUCUGCCCGACUUUGUUUUCUCUGAAUACUCUGCACUGGAGAGAUUAUUUCUGCAAAACAACAGCCUGCAGGUCAUAUCAAAACAUGCCUUCAGUGGACUGUACAGUCUUAAAAAGCUGUUUCUCAGCAACAACUUAAUAUCCUCCCUCAGUCCUGGUGUGUUCAAGGAUCUGAGUCAGUUAGAAUGGCUGAUGUUAGAUCAUAACCCACUUAGCAGUUUGACCCAUGAGACGUUCUUUGGACUUCGUUCGCUUGUAUUUCUAUCAAUGGUGCACACCUCCCUGCAGCAGCUUCCUCAUCCCAGCUUCUGUCAACACAUGCCUGCCCUGGACUGGCUAGAUCUCGAGGGAAACCAGAUUCAGACUCUCAACUAUUCCAUCUUAAAAACAUGCAGCAAACUUGAAGUCCUAUUACUGAUGGACAAUAGAAUCACAAGAGUCCCUGAAGACACAUUUCAGUCUCUGUGGAAGCUUGGUGAACUAAAUCUUUCUGGUAAUAGAAUCAAUGAGCUGCCAAAGAACACAUUCAAGAACCUCUCCAAGUCCCUCCUGAAACUAAAUAUAUCCUACAAUCCCCUUCUCCGCAUUCAUCCGAGUCACUUCAACCACCUGACCCAGCUUCAGUCUCUGGCUCUGGAAGGUAUCGAGAUACCAGAUAUUCAGACUAAAAUGUUUCUUCCCAUGAAGAACCUUUCACACAUCUACUUUAAGAAAUUCCAGUACUGCUCAUAUGCUCCUCAUGUGAGAUCCUGCAAGCCCAACACAGAUGGCAUCUCUUCAUUUGAGGACCUGCUGGCAAACAUGGUCCUGCGGGUUUCUGUUUGGGUCAUGGCUUUUAUUACCUGCUUUGGGAAUCUCCUAGUCAUCGGUAUGAGAUCACUGAUACGUGCAGAAAACAAUCUACAUGCUGCCUGCAUCAAAGUCCUCUGCUGUGCAGACUGCCUGAUGGGGGUGUACUUGUUUUUUGUUGGAGUGUUUGAUGUGAAGUUCCGGGGACAGUACAAUCGAAACGCCCUGCUGUGGAUGGAGAGUGUGGAGUGUCGCACCAUUGGAUUUCUAGCCAUGCUCUCCUCAGAGGUAUCUGUUCUCCUCCUGACGUACUUGACUCUGGAGAAGUUCCUGGUUAUUGUGUUCCCUUUCAGCAAUUUGCGCCCAGGAAAACUUCAGACUGGGGUGAUCCUGUCGUCUAUCUGGCUGAUGGGCUUCAUUAUUGCUGCUGUGCCACUUAUGAAUGAAGACAUCUUUGGGAACUACUAUGGACGUAACGGAGUCUGCUUUCCUCUACACUCUGACAGGCAAGAGAAACCUACAAGCAAAGGAUAUUCAACUGGGAUAUUUCUAGGUCUAAAUCUGGUGGCGUUCCUUGUGAUCGUCUUCUCCUACUCCAGCAUGUUCUAUUCCAUCUACAAAACUGGAAUCAAUGCGACUGACCUGCGGAGCAGACUGCACAGAGACGUGGCAGUGGCCAACAGAUUUUUCUUUAUAGUGUUCUCUGACGCCCUCUGCUGGAUUCCCAUAUUUUUAGUGAAGAUUCUCUCGCUGCUGGAAGUGGAGAUACCAGACACGAUUUCCAGCUGGGUUGUUAUUUUCAUUCUUCCAAUCAACAGUGCCUUGAACCCCAUCCUGUACACUCUGACAACCAGCUUCUUCAGAGAGCAGGUGGAGCUCUUGCUCUGUCGCUGGCAGAGAAGACACACCCUAAAGAAAGACCGCAAAAGCCUCACUUCCUCCACCAUCUUUGUGGAGACAGCGCGGCCACAGUGCUACCAGCCGCCUGCCUACCUCCAGCAGCUGUCGCUGGUCGAAGCGGACCCUCGCUAUGCCUGAGAGGACUUUUUUUGAAACUGUGCCAUUUUUAUAAACUACGGGUCAUAGGCCAAUUUUAUUGCCACAUUUUUAAGCUCUUACAUGACAGCAGCACUGUUUUUAACACUCCCAGGAGGAAAAAAAUGUUACUAUCACUGUGCUGAUUCAUCAUGCUCUGACAUUUUUUAAAUGUCUUGUGUUUUUUGUCGUGCACAAAGGCAGCACCUUCAGCUUAUAAUGUUAUAAUGUCUUACUCAGAGCCUCCUUAGCAUGGGCAUGAGGAGCCAAGGCUUACACCACCAAUGUUGCAUCUUGGAGGAGUUUCUGUGUUGUUUAAGCUGCAGCUUCCACCAUACUAUGAAAAGGUCUAACACGUAGAUUACAUCCGACAUUUGUGACCCCUGUUGAUAUUUCAGUGUCAUCUGAUUGAAUUUAUGGGAGAUGUGCAAAAGCAGAUAUCGCUUUUAUCUCAGUCAUGUACACUGUUAUCCAUGGAGAGACUGACCAACUGUUAAACAAUUAUCUGGGAGCUGCUGCGUUCAAUCAGAAAUAGACUAACAAAUACAGAACAAAAGGAAUUUUGCUUUUUUAAGAUGUAGCACUCAAAUGUUUUUUGACUAUAAAAUUACAAAUCAUCUUUUGCAUUAUGUAGUCAUUUACCGUGCACAAAGUUAAUGCAUGUAUGAAAAUGCCAAAAAAACUCAAAAAACAUUAGGGGUCAUUUUUGAAUCUGGGAGAUUUAGCCUUUCUAUUUUAACAAUUCUUCUGUAAUUCCUUUUCCUCUUGUCCUUGGGUUUAGAGGGCGUUUCAGCUUUACUAAAUAAAGUUGUAUAUGAAUCAAUUAGAAUACCAGAUAAGUUAGCUUCAUUAAUUCAGUUUAUAAAUUAAAACUUGUGCUUCACAUAUACUUAUUAAAGACAGACUGUAUAUUCUAUACAGUUUGUCUAUAACUUUAAUUUUUUUAAUAACUGAGGAUUACGACUUUCUGAUCAUAACUGGAAAAUCCCAAAUGCAGUUUCUUCAAAAAUGUUAAAGUUUGCAGUUAUAAAAAUUUGAAGAAUGUGAAUUUACAAAAUGUUUUAUGCACUUUAUACUUAGUUGGGGAUCCUUUUGCACAGAUUUAUGCAUCCAUGUUUGGAGUUUUAACAAAGCCAAUGGUGUUUUAAUUGCCUUCAGAUUAUCUGCACUCCUUUUAUUAAUUCUCUAUGGGGUUUGGGUCCAGGCAAUUUUAGGUACUGAAAACUAGCAAAAGUUUUUAGAACCUAAAUUUUUGUUUACUAACAAACUUAAAAAUAAAAUAAUUCCUUUGUUAGAUGGUGGAUAUAAGUUUCCUUCUUUAGAAGAUGGAUUUAAGUUUCACUUUUGAAUUGAAUUACUAAAAUUAUGCUUUUUAUUAUAUUAUUGAGAUGAAAAUAAAAAUGAAAAUACAGAAGAGAAAAGUGAAUUAGAAUUUGUUUAGAGUUGUAAGAAGUUGUGGCUCUUUUAUUUCUGUUCACCAGCCUAAUUCUAAUGCCAAAUUUUCUGUGUUUUUAACCAAUUUUACACAACAUCUGCAAAAGAUUUAUUCAUUCAUACCUCCUUUAUAUGUUAUGUGAACAACUUGAACUGGAUCAAUGUUUUUGUAUCAACCUUAAUUUUUUUGUCUUUUUUAUUGCACUUAUUAACAUCAGAAGGCCUUAAUGCAUUAUUUAGAUAGUUUCAAAUUUGCUUUAAUUUUAAUUGUUUUCAAUUUCUUCAUAUGCAUUACAUGCUUUUCAGCAGGUGCACUGACAGUGACAAUCGUAAAAUAGAAUUUUAAAUGGCACAUUAGAGGUUUGAUUAGUAAAGGAAAAUUACGCAGAUGAAUCAAAAGGAUUGUUUUUAGAAUAAAUAUAUCUCGUAAAUAUCUGCUGUGGAACCAGUAGAUAUACAUCUAAUUAAAUAAGAAGUGUCACUUGCUGUCAUGUUCAUUUGUACAUAUUUUAUUAUAAUUUGUUACAAAAGUAUGUUAUGUACCGUAUGUAAAAUGUUUUUUGAGUCAGGUUAUUGAAUUUUAUGGUCAUUGUUUG